GGAUGAGCAAGGGUCUCCGAGCGCGGCGGGCCAGUGGUGGGGUGCGUGCAGGCAGUCCUGCCUUGGAGGGUCCCGGGGAUGGUGACGUCUGAAGCCCCGUGCAGAGGACAUGGAGAAAGAGCGAGAGACUCUGCAGGCCUGGAAGGAGCGCGUGGGGCAGGAGCUGGACCGUGUAGUGGCGUUCUGGAUGGAGCACUCCCACGACCAGGAGCACGGGGGCUUCUUCACGUGCCUUGACCGCGAGGGACGGGUGUAUGAUGACCUCAAGUACGUGUGGCUGCAGGGGAGGCAGGUGUGGAUGUAUUGUCGCCUGUACCGCACUUUCCAGCGCUUCCACCACUCUCAGCUUCUGAAUGCAGCAAAAGCAGGUGGUGAGUUCUUGCUGCGUUAUGCCCGGCUGGCACCUCCUGGAAAGAAGUGUGCCUUUGUGCUGACUCGGGACGGCCGUCCGGUCAAGGUGCAGCGGACCAUCUUCAGCGAGUGUUUCUACACCAUGGCCAUGAACGAGCUGUGGAGGGCCACAGGGGAAGUACGGUACCAGACGGAAGCCGUGGAGAUGAUGGAUCAGAUCGUCCACUGGGUGCGGGAGGACGCGUCAGGACUGGGCCGGCCCCAGCUCCAGGGGGCCCCGACUGCGGAGCCCAUGGCGGUGCCCAUGAUGCUGCUGAACCUGGUAGAGCAGCUUGGGGAGGCAGAUGAGGAGCUGGCAGGCAAAUACACAGAGCUGGGGGACUGGUGCGCCCGGAGGAUUCUGCAGCACGUGCAGAGGGAUGGACAAGCUGUGCUGGAGAAUGUGUCAGAGGAUGGCAAGGAACUUUCUGGCUGCCUGGGGAGACAGCAGAACCCAGGCCACGCACUGGAGGCCGGCUGGUUUCUGCUCCGUCAUUGCAUUCGGAAAGGCGACCCUGAACUUCGAGCCCACGUGCUUGACAAGUUCCUGUUGUUGCCCUUCCGCUCCGGAUGGGACCCUGACCAUGGAGGCCUCUUUUACUUCCAGGAUGCUGAUGACUUCUGCCCCACCCAGCUGGAGUGGGCCAUGAAGCUCUGGUGGCCACACAGCGAAGCCAUGAUUGCCUUCCUCAUGGGUUACAGUGAGAGUGGGGACCCUGUGCUGCUGCGCCUCUUCUACCAAGUGGCUGAGUACACCUUCCGCCAGUUUCGCGAUCCCGAGUACGGGGAAUGGUUUGGCUACCUGAGCCGAGAGGGCAAGGUGGCCCUCUCCAUCAAGGGAGGUCCUUUCAAAGGCUGCUUCCACGUGCCGCGGUGCCUAGCCAUGUGCGAGGAGAUGCUGGGCGCCCUGCUGAGCCGCCCCGCCCCCACGCCCACGCCCGUCCCCACCCCCGCCCGUCGAGGCGCGGAAUAAAGGCUGAGUCUGCUCCACCUGCGGCUGUGCGCGUGUCUGUGGGCUCGCGGGACUGGGGCUGCGGCGCCGAGGGAGGGGCCUGCUCCAGCUCCGGGGCAGCGCCUGCCCCGCCCCCAGGCCCGCCCCGCGCUGACCGGCUGCGCGCAUUGGCCCGCCCCGCGCGCUGGCCUGUCCCGCGCAUUGGCCAAGCGGCCGGGAGGACGGGCCCGGCGGCCGUGCACUUCCGGCCGGUGGCCGGCCCGGCACGCACCGCCCCUUCCGCCACCGCCCAGCGAGCCGAGCCCCGGUCCCAGCCCCGGCCGUCCCGGCGUCGCUUCGGAGCGCGGCGGCAGCUGACUGCGCCUUCACGAUCCGCUGGGACCCGCGAGCCCCGCCGCCGUUAUGAACAUCCGCAAUGCGAGGCCAGAGGACCUAAUGAACAUGCAGCACUGCAACCUCCUCUGCCUGCCCGAGAACUACCAGAUGAAAUACUACUUCUACCAUGGCCUUUCCUGGCCCCAGCUCUCUUACAUUGCUGAGGACGAGAAUGGGAAGAUUGUGGGGUAU